UCUUGUUUUGACAUGUUGACAUUUGAUGUUUUGGUCCUUUUGGGUGGCGAUUACCACAAUUGCAAGAACAUUUAUCUAGCGAUUUUUAUCUGCGAAAUUGUAUAAUUUUUCUACAUUAGUGUGAUGUUGCGUAGUAUGUUCCGAUUGGCCUACAACAAACAAAAAACACUCAGCCGUUAUUACGCCAGGAAGACAUGCAAUCCUGGAAUUGAUAGGCGAACCGCUCUUUUACCUGAAGACGUAAAUCCCACGGAAUACGAGAAUUUUGAAGACAGUGAGGCUGAUUUCCAUCAAGUGCAUAAGAGCCACAAACAAUUCCAAGCAGAACAGGCACAGUACCGUGAUCGGUUACAGACGUGGAUCGUUGGAAAUAAGUAUUUCAAGUCGAAACAAUUGAACUUCCUCACCUGGUCUGAGAAGGAACAGAUACGGUAUCUGCAUAGUUUCGAUCCGGAAGAAUGGAACAUUGACAAACUGACGGAAAGCUUCCCCGCAGACAGGUACACGAUAGGUAAAAUAGUAAAGACAAAGUGGCAACCGAAGGACGGGAAACGUAUCGAACGGCACGAUGCGGUAGUGGAAGAAAACUGGCAAAUGUUUCGAAGUGGCCGCAUCAGAAACAUUGAUCCUGCAUUUGCGCAGCAUUUGAUCAAAUUUAUGCAGCGUAACAUUGAAAAGGUGCACGAACAACGGAACAUGCCGGAAUCUAAAGCAUUGUACGAAAUCAGACCAUUGCCAGAGGGAAAGUUUAGUGCUAUAGUUUCAAGCUGUAAAAAAUAUCAAUCGAUGAAAAAGCACAAUGAAUCCCAACAACCGCGCUUGGGGGAGAACAAUGAUCAGUCAGAGAGAUCACAUCAUCCUCAACCGCAAAUAACGCAGCGUGCUCCCGAACAAGACAGUUUUCUGAUGGGAAAUGUGACCAAUACUCAGCACGCAACAUUGGCAGAAAUCAAAAGUCGAUGGGAUCCAUCGUUAACAGAUGAUCGCAAAUCUAGCGAAGAUAAUCUAGAACUAGAUUUAGGAACAGGUAUUUUACAUAAGCUGGAAAACAAUCACAAAAAGUAUGAAAAGGUUGCGCUUGCCGAUUCUGUGUACGAUUCGCGUAAUGAAAAGCAAGACUGUAUUAAAGAAGUUAUUAAGAUUCCUAAAAAGCUGUAUAAAAAGGGAGCAACGUACCAAAUAGGCGAUUGUUUCUACGAUGACGAUGGAGAGUUCCUAUAUCGAGUGCCUGGUAUGACAAGCAUUACAAAGCAGAAAAUAAAUGUUUAGGGAAAAUAAAUCAAUACAUGUGAAUUGUG